AUGAAUUCUUCGGUUGUCAUCCCCCUGGGAAAUAUGUCCGGUCUCCUGAAUUUUUCGGAGAAGAACUCGCAGUUCUUGCAGUUUGAGGAUGAGGAUUGCCAUGUGCCUUUGGCCAUGGUCUUUACUUUGGCCUUGGCUUAUGGGACUGUGAUAAUUCUGGGAGUCUCUGGGAAUCUGGCCUUGAUUAUCAUUAUUUUAAAACAGAAGGAGAUGCGCAAUGUUACCAACAUCCUCAUAGUCAAUCUGUCCUUUUCUGACCUUCUAGUGACCAUCAUGUGUCUUCCCUUUACCUUUGUGUAUACUCUAAUGGAUCACUGGAUUUUCGGGGAGGCCAUGUGCAAAUUGAAUCCUUUUGUGCAAUGUGCCUCAAUCACAGUCUCAGUCUUUUCUUUAGUCCUCAUUGCUAUCGAACGCCACCAGCUGAUCAUUAAUCCUCGUGGCUGGAGGCCAAACAACAGACAUGCCUACAUGGGGAUUGCUGCCAUAUGGAUUUUAGCCACAGCUUCCUCUUUGCCUUUCCUGAUCUACCAUGUGUUAACAGAUGAACCCUUCAGAAACCUAACAUUUGAUGAAUAUAAGGACAAAUAUGUGUGCUUGGACCUGUUCCCCUUGGACACUGCCAGGCUUUCUUAUACCACAACACUUUUGGUGAUUCAAUACUUCGGACCGCUUUGUUUUAUAUUUAUUUGCUACUUGAAGAUAUACAUACGGCUAAAAAAAAGGAACAACAUGAUGGACAAGAUAAGAGACAGUAAGUACAGAUCCUCUGAAACCAAAAGGAUCAACAUCAUGCUGAUCUCAAUAGUGGUUGCAUUUGCAGUUUGCUGGCUGCCUCUCACCAUCUUCAACAUCGUCUUUGACUGGAAUCAUGAAAUUCUGCCUGUCGCUACCUGCAGCCACAACCUGUUGUUCCUGAUUUGCCACCUCACUGCCAUGAUCUCUACAUGUGUGAACCCCAUCUUCUAUGGGUUUCUCAAUAAGAACUUCCAAAGAGACCUGCAGUUUUUAUUUCACUUUUGCCAUUUCCGCUCCCGUGAGGAGGAUUAUGAGACUAUAGCCAUGUCCACCAUGCACACAGAUGUUUCAAAAACCUCUUUAAAGCAGGCAAGCCCAGUCGCAUUUAAAAAAAUAAGUAGUGAUGAUGAUGACAAAAUAUAAAGAAGUGAUAAAUAUCCUACACUAGACUGCUGGAAGUGUGAUUGCAGGUGAAACGUAUUCAAGGACAAGCACAAUUACAUAACAACUACAGAAUGGGUAGUGUUUUUCUUCUUUUUCCAAGGAACUUUGUUGUCACUUUGAAAUUGGACGCUGUGCAUUUUUGCCCUUUUUACUGCUUUAAUGUUUGCAGCAGUUAUAUCUGAAUUUUAUUAUAAGACAUAGUCAGACCUGCUACUACCUAUGGUUUUCAUCAGCUGUUUUUUGUUCUGUUCUCUUUGUACGGUUAUGAGCUUUAGCACAAAGAUGUAUUUAUUGAUCUAUUUUUUUCUUUUUUUCCAAAGAAGUGAUUUUCAGGAGUGUCCAUCUAAGAGCAUUAGAAACAAUACGAACCCCAGGGAGCUGUCACUACACAGGA